CCACCCUCCGCACCGAACGAUACAGUGUGCUUUCGAUGCAAGUGAUGUCGAGGUAAGAUUUGUGCUUUAGGGGUGUUCGACGGCAGUCGCUCUUGGCUAGAACGCUGUGACAUCUGCACCACAGCGUAGCAGCAGCCCACUUCCCGUGACUUUUGGCCUGAACAGCAAACACCAACCGACCUCACGCCGCCACCAGACACUCCCGCUCCGCCAGCCACGAUUUCGAGCGACCUUUGGUCCCUUUCCUUCCAGCGAUUUCCUUUCCUGCUAUUGGGGACCGCUGCGGCGGAGCGCGUACCGAAGAGGCCACGUCAAUAGCUGUACUUGCGGUCUGGCUUUGUAUGGAGUAAAAGGGAGCGAUCACGCGCGUCACCAGCUGCAUCACGACAGAAAGGACACAACAUGGCAGUCAACAGGCUGCGGAGUGCGCUGGGCACAGCGCGGAAGGGCGAGACGUUUGAGCUGCGAGCAGGCCUGGUGUCUCAAUAUGCCUGGGAGCGGAAGGAAUCGAUACAGAAGACCAUCAUGUCCAUGACAUUAGGGAAAGACGUCUCCGCACUAUUUCCCGAUGUGUUAAAGAACAUUGCAACGCCGGACCUGGAUCAGAAGAAGCUGGUGUAUCUAUAUCUCAUGAACUACGCCAAAUCACAUCCCGACCUGUGUAUUCUCGCCGUAAACACAUUCGUCCAGGACUCCGAGGACCCAAACCCGUUAGUGCGAGCGCUCGCAAUACGAACGAUGGGAUGCAUCAGGGUAGACAAGAUGGUGGAUUAUAUGGAAGAACCUCUGCGAAAGACACUUAAGGACGAGUCACCAUAUGUGCGGAAAACAGCGGCGCUCUGCGUGGCCAAGUUGUUUGACUUGAACCCCUCGCUGUGCAUCGAAAAUGGCUUCUUGGAGACUUUGCAAGAGAUGAUCGCUGACAGCAACCCGAUGGUCGUGGCAAAUUCAGUGACUGCUCUUGCAGAGAUCACAGAAGCGGCGCCAGAGACGAAUGCCCUUGUGGUAACGGCUCAGACCUUGAAGAAGCUCCUAUUGGCACUGAAUGAAUGCACAGAAUGGGGGCGGAUUACAAUUUUGGAAACUCUGGCCGACUACAAGCCACAAGAUGCAAAAGAAGCGGAGCACGUCUGCGAACGGGUCGUGCCACAAUUUCAGCAUGUCAACCCUUCUGUGGUUCUGGCAGCUGUUAAAGCGGUCUUCUUGCACAUGCAGUACAUUGAAAACGCUUCUCUACAUGCCACCUACCUCAAGAAGAUGUCGCCACCUCUAGUCACACUCAUCUCAAGCCAGCCUGAAGUACAGUACGUGGCACUGCGGAAUAUUGAUCUCCUGCUUCAAAAGCAGCCAGGAUUACUCGAGAAAGAAAUGCGCGUCUUCUUCUGCAAGUACAAUGAUCCGCCAUACCUGAAAUUGCAAAAGCUCGAAGUAAUGGUACGAAUCGCAAACUCAACCAACGUGGAUCAACUACUGGCCGAAUUGAAAGAGUAUGCAGUUGAGGUCGAUGUUGACUUCGUUCGGAAAGCAGUACGUGCAAUUGGGCAGGUUGCAAUCAAGAUCGAGGAGUGCACGGAAAAGGCUGUCAAUGUUCUGCUGGAGCUCAUCAACACAAAGGUCGGCUAUGUUGUGCAAGAGGUGAUCGUUGUCAUCAAAGAUAUCUUCCGGAAGUACCCCGGCUACGAAGGGAUAAUACCUACACUUUGCCAGUGCAUCGACGAUUUGGAUGAUCCCAAGGCGCGUGGGAGUUUGAUCUGGAUCGUGGGCGAAUAUGCCGAGAAGAUCUCGAACGCUGGUGACAUCCUCGAAGGCUUUGUCGACGACUUCAACGAAGAAUUCACACAGACCCAGCUUCAGAUCCUCACCGCUGUCGUCAAGCUCUUCCUGAAGAAGCCAGAUCAAGCACAAGGGCUCGUACAGAAGGUCCUGCAGGCAGCAACAGCCGAGAACGACAACCCAGAUGUUCGAGACAGGGCAUACGUCUACUGGCGCCUGCUCUCUUCAGAUCCUCAGAUUGCCAAGAACAUUGUACUCGCACAACGGCCGCAAAUUACGUCCACGAUACCCGCUCUGCCACCGCCACUCCUGGAUCAGCUCUUGCCCAACCUAUCUACCUUGGCAUCGGUCUACCACAAGCCGGCGAAGACAUUCCUGGGGGCUGGCCGCAGCUCCGCGCUGCAAGAAGAAGCCAUCGAGGAAGCCAAGCAAAACGCGAAGGAGAACCCGAUCGCUGCUGCUGCAGUUUCGGCUGCAAUCGCAGGAACAAGUGCACCACCUGCACAGAACAACGCCGAAAAUUUGCUCGACAUCGACUUCGACGGUGCAGCCCCAGCAUCGAUGCAGAAAGCCCCCGGUGCUGGCGCUUCAGGACUAGAAGGGCUUGCUGGUACACCUCAACGUGUCGCAAGUCCAGCGCUGAAUUCACCAGCAAUUGGUGGUGGACUCGAAGACUUGAUGGGUCUUGGCGGUGAUCCAACGCCUGCAAACGCCAACGGCGGAGGAAGCAAUGAUCUUAUGAAUGGGGUUUCCGGGAUGAGCAUGGAUGAUCAGCCACCUCCACCGCAGACGCAGAUGAAUGGCGGAGGCAAGAAGACGAACGAAGAUCUUUUAGGUCUGUUCUGAACAUAGGAUGAGUUGCAGAGCAAUACACUGCCAACAUGACACUGAGCCGUCAUGCCCAGAAGCCAGCUCCAGUGCUAGUCCCGCCUCACACCAGCUUGCCCAACGAUGACGACGAGCAACCAGUCAACCGUUGCCCACGAAUGUUGUAUACGAUGUUCGUCGCAUAAGGAAACCGGAACACGCCAGUCACAACAUGAAGCUUGAAGCCCGGCGUAGCCUCGUGCCUGAUGUGCGAGCUCGCGGCCACAUCAUUGCCAAUGACGUGAAAGUCGCAGAACAGCGGCACGAAUGCACCCAGGACAGCUCAGCAAGCGUCAUACAAUUCUUACAGGGGGCCGCACUGGCUCGCGCGAUGCAACAUACUGUACGGCUUGAUGCCAGAGAUGCUACGAACACAACAAACAGGCGUAUGUAACGAUACGACGUAGACAAAAGCAUGCCCAAGCGUGUGCCGAGCACAAAAUCCAGUAAUCACAAAAGCUAUGCUCGCUGCACGACAUAUAUUCCACUUCAGCCCGUAUCACAACACAAUCACCCACAAAAUGAUUGCAGCCCUUGGCCUGCCCCCUUGAGGUCGGACUUAUGGCGUGAACAGUAUUGCCAGAGGUUUCAAUUGCAUUGUUCUGCUCGCUUUCCACGAUCCCAUCUUCACACCGCUCACAACUCAUAUUUAAAGCACACAAUUGAUCAGCACAAUAGUGAUCCAGUGCAUCUGCGAGACACUGCGCGACAUUCUGUCUUUACUGGCAUCUUUUGAUGCAAGCCAACUCGGAACGGCUCUUCUCGAGACACCAUAAGCAACAUGAACGAGGGCUGUUGUGGAACAUGCAAAAGCCCAUGCAGCCACAGCGGCGAU